CCAACCAAUUAUCUGGAUGCGCAGAAUUAUUAAAUCAUAGCUCUAGAGGUAUAAAGCGAAGUCGUUCUCCGGAAUCCUAUCACGACGCGCCCACGUCCGAGAAUCCGGGAGAUGACGGUGAUUCUAAACAACCUAGAAAGCGCGGUCGACCGAUGAAAUCGCGAGCUCUAGGUGACAUUCCGGAACCACCCAACCAAGCUUCCAUUCCUUCCCGACCCCCUCCUACUCAAAUGUCGCAGUCGAUACCGCCGCACACCCCCCAGUCCCAGAAUGCCGCACUGCCCGGACAUGCUGGGAGCUAUACUCCGGCCCAGGCAUCGCCUCCUCCGAAGACUACACCUACCAAAACUACUUUGAAGGCCUUACCGACUGUGCGCGACCACACUACUGACCAGCUUGGUCCUGGUGGUGACGAAUACAUACCACGCGAGAUCGACGAGUCCGGCGAGAAGAAGGUCAUGGGAAAUGGUCAACUCUUGGGAGGGCGUGAGUAUCGAUGUCGAACAUUCCUCGUACCGAACCGAGGCGAUAAAUUGUUCAUGCUUGCGACAGAGUGCGCGAGAGUGCUCGGGUAUAGAGAUUCCUACUUGCUCUUCAAUAAGAACCGAUCGUUAUAUAAGAUUAUUGCGAACCAGAUAGAGAAGGAUGAUCUAGUGGCGCAAGAGAUUCUGCCAUUCUCGUACAGGUCAAGGCAAAUUGCAAUUGUCACGGCACGGUCGAUGUUCAGGCAAUUUGGGAGUAGAGUUAUUGUGAACGGACGGCGGGUGCGGGAUGAUUACUGGGAGCAGAAGGCGAGGAAACAAGGGUUUACGGAGGCUGAUCUUGCGGGAGAGAAGAGGCCAGGGGCAUCCAAGGCCAGAGAGGUAGCAGCCGAAGCGAAUAACAGUGUGCCGCCACUUCCAGGAGGCCCUCACGGUGAGAUUGUUUAUGCGAACACCCCGCAAUUUGGUGGCGCUCCGCAACCUCUUGUUCAACCAGGUAUGAUGGGACCACCAGGAAGCUCGACCAGAAUGCCCAUGAUAACAGUAGGACCAGAUCUAAGCGAUACGAGGACUCGAGACUAUAGUAACUUCAUGAAAGGCGGCCCUCGACAGGAAAUUACUGGUCAGCCCUACCAGGACAGGACACAAACCAGUCCCAUCGGAGAGAUACACCAACAAGCUCACCACGCGGCCGAGUUCAAUCGAUCUGUCAAUCAGCAGCGCGACAUGCGGAGCGAUUACAUGGCCAACUUAUGGCGGAGACCCCACGAACAGCCACCUACGUCUCAACCAGUUGCCACCGAGUCCGCCCUGCCAACGACCCGUCCCGGCCAGUCACCUCAUACCACCCCUGCUAGCAUACAAACAUCUAGUAUGGUAUCGAAUCAGAGUCCUCAACAGAUGAUGAUGACCGCGCCGCCUUACUCGCAGACGAUUCACUCGCAACAACCGAUGAGCCAAACCCCGAUGCGAGGCAUGCCCCAGCCGUCGUCUCAAAAACAAUCGAGGCCAUCCAAUAUCCAGCCCGGCACCUCGAACAACAUGUCUCAAGGUACACCGGCGUACAACUAUAGCUCUUCAAACCAAAUGUGGGGCCCUCCACAGACACCACAAGCGCCUCAACACUAUUCUGGAUAUACGACUCAGUCGCAAGCUUCGCCUCACCCCCAACAGUCACCGGCUCCUCAGUUACGUCACUCCACAGCCACGCCUCAGAUGCAGCCGAGCACAAUGCAGUACCAUGGGAUGCAAAGCCUAGGCCAGGGAUAUCCUAAUCCGGGACAGGGUAUGUACCCUCCCGAACAAACCCCUAGACAAUUUCUGCCUCAAAAUCCUGCCCCCGGACCGGCUGUGACCUCAGCCUGGAACAAUCCGCAAACGUCGGCUGCCGGGAAUUGGUGGGCAAAUCAACCUCAGUGAGGCGAUAACCAUAAAAGAGAUCUAGAUACAUGGGGCAACGCUGAUAUAUAACCCUCAAGCAAAAGGGAUACGACAAAUUGAAUAUCGCCGCCCCUAUCACUAAUAACCAAAUCGCGUUGCGCGCGCCAGAUCUCUACUUCCGCCUCGGGCCCUCGACUGGCCACCACUUGUCUACAUUUCACAUCAUUGGGAUGGAUUUUUGCUUUUAGUGUGUUUAUGCCUUUGCACAUUACACUCGUCUACCUGGUCCGGCAAUAGAGGAAUCGGAGAAUGGUGUCUCAUCGCAUAUUCUUGAGAAUCCGUCGGAUUCACAUUCAUUCGGACGAUACACGGAUUGGUCGGUAGGUUGGACUGUUUUGCGCUUUCCGCUGCAUCAUGAGACUAUGGCCGGCUAGUCAUUUUGUCGAACCUCGAAUGUCUAGCAGCAUUUGCAUAUACACUUGAUACCA